UAUUUAUUGUCUUAUAUGCACCUUGUAUUUUGUGUUUUUGAGAUAUACAUCUUCCUCGAAUUGGACGCGAAUACAUGGAGAGAGAGAGAGAGACUGGGCUGGGCUGAAUCCGACCAACCCCAUCGCGGUUGGGGCCGGGCUUGCUUUCAUCCGCUUCGCACUCCAACUCCGCUCGCUUUCGGUUUCCUUCCCCUCCUUUCCCCAUCCGCCUCCCUCGCUCUCGCUCGCUUCGCAGAUCUCCACCCGGCUGCGCGGCGCCCGGGGGGGUGGGUGAGUAAGGCUCGUCGCGGACCGCGUCCCGGCGGCGGCGGUGCCGAGCUGACUGGUUCCGUGGGUUGGUCGAGUGAUGGACGGCGGCGGGCUGCGGUGGACCGCGGAGGAGGCGUCCACCAUCGGGGGCAUCGCCACGGUGUCGCUGCUGCACUCCUUCAUCCCCACGCACUGGCUCCCCUUCUCCAUCGUCGCGCGCGCGCAGCGGUGGCCGCUCUCCCGCACCCUCCUCCUGCAUUUGGAGGUGUUCUUCAUGUUGUUUCUACGGCGCUACUUGGGAUAACUGCAGUUACUAUGGCAAACACUAUAGCCGGCGAAGAAACUGUGCAUAAACUUGCCUCAUUGUUGCUGAUUUUUCUUGGAGGAAGUUAUAUACUGUUGUUUGCCUUAGGAAAAGGUGGCCAUAGCCAUGCUCAUAACCAUCCAAUGGAAAAGAUGGCAGUCGCUGGUCUUGUCCUGGUUCCUGCAUUAUCACCCUGUGCAACAACCCUUCCAGUUUUCCUUGCUGUUGGAAACUCUUCCUCAAUGAUGAUUCUUGCCAUCAUUGUGCUCCUCUUCAGCACCAUUACCGUGAUGACAUCCCUGGUGGCCCUCUCAUUCUACGGUGCUAGCCAAAUCAAGUUCCACUGGGUCGAGCGGUAUGACAAGAUCCUCGUCGGCACGGUCCUGUGCCUUGUCGGAAUUUUAACAUAUGUGUUCCAUCAUCAUGACGGUGAUGAGCACUCUCUCCAUGAGCAUGUGCACCGGAAACUCGUGUCCCCAUAGGUGACUAGUAGAUAGUGAAUGAAGUUCCAUAUGUUUGUCAAAAAUUUGAUGUUGUUCCCUAACCGUUCUGAACAAUGGAUGCUGUAUAUGAUCUGAUUAUCGACCCAUGUGAGUUCAUCUGCCUUUCAGGCUUUGCUGGGAAUUCAUAUCGACCGAUGUAUUGAAUACGGUUUGCAGUUUUGGAAACUGCGUGAAGUUUGUACCCUUGCGCUGUACACUUUACAAACUACAAAGUGGUUCACUUAUUCAACUUGUUGAGAAGCGAUUCAA